CAUGUCCAGUCCCUCGGGAAUGAGCGCGAGUGACUGUGCUGCCCACAGUGGAUUUGUUUCCCGCUCUGUUCAGCUCACGGACAGCGUGUCUGGGGGAAAGGUGGCGUGGGAGAUGGGGACAGGGCAUCCCCUCACCUCGGGGACCCUGGUGGAGAAACCAGGCAGAGGAAGAUGAUGGAUGGGACAGAGGCCACCCCAUCCCUGCCCACACCCCGGAGGCAGCGUCCCGGAGAGGACCUGCCCUCCAGGCAGCCUCAGCAUGGGGUGGGGGCGAGGGUGCUCCGAGCCAGUCCGACGGCUCCGUCCACAGGCACGAAGCCACACAGUCCGACAGGAGCCACCAGGGGUGUGGCAGGGCCCCUCAGACGUGUUGUCUGAUCCAUCCUCAUGGUCACCCUGGAAGCAGGUGCUCCCAUCAAUCUCAUUCAUCGGUGAGGAAGUCGAGGCCCAGAGAGGCUGAGUAACUUGCCCAAGGACACACAGCCAGUGAGCGGUGGAGCCUGGGCUCACACUGGGGGUAUGAGGUGUGAAAUCCCCUCCGCGCAGAGAUGGCGGUGGGUCUUUGUGACACGACCACCCCCAGCCCCCGGGGCCUGAUCCGUGGCACUGACCCAAGGGAAUGCAGAGUGUGGGCAUCCGAAGGAGAAGUCAUUCGCUCGAAAGCAGGGAUUAUUCCAGAAGGAGAGCCCUCUGCCCACCGAGCCCCCAGAUGAAACCCUGAGGUUUGGGUUCCUGGUCUGGAGACCCUCCCCUUCAGUGCUCAAAAAUUCCCACUGCUAGGGCCCGUCUUCGUGCUGGGGGGCUUCGUGAUGUACUGGGUCAGACAGCUUCCCCUCCGGAGGCAUGUCCUUCCAGAACCUGCCAGUGUGACCUCAUGGGACCUAGGGAUUUUGCUGAUGUGACCAGUUAAGACGAGGUUGUACUGGGUCAGAGUGGGCUGUAGCCCGACACCUGCUGUCCCCAGUGGAAGGUCGUGUGCACAUGUAGACAGGCACACACCACACCGCAGCAAGCCAGGGGCAGCAAGGGUCAGCGGACCCCAUGGGAGCCAGGAACGAGGCAAGGAGAGAGUGUGGCCCUGCCGACAGCUUGAUCCCAGACUUGCAGGCUCCAGAGCUAUGAGGGAACACAUCUCCGCUGUUUUCAGUCCCCCAGUGAGUGACAGCAGUCCUAGACGUCUGGAAACAGCUGCUGUGCCCGAGAGUGGGGCAGGCGGCAGGUGCUGGGACAGUAACGCUCCAGGGGAGCCGUCCUCAGCAGAGGGGAGAUGGGAGUCAGUGAGCACACACCCGGGGCCUCACCCCUCACGGGGACAUCAGUGGGGAGUGUGUGUCAUACCCUCUCCCGAAGGACCCGGCUCUCGGAACCCGCAGGGCACUACCUUGAUAACUCUUCUGGUUGCCCUGUCUCACCUCCCCACCACACUGCCGAUGUCCUCACAAACAGGCAGCGAGCAGCCAAACCCUAGCCUCCGGGUCUACCCCUGGUGCGGGAUUGAAAUGAGGACACCAUCUCGCACCAUCUGGACCCAGCACCUCCAAGGACAGGACCCAGAAACCUCACUCAGCCUUUCAUAAGGACUUACUGAGUACCUGCUAGGAGCCUGGUGCGGUGUAUAGCAGAGAACUCGUGCCCAGAUUCAGGGCUUGUGUGCAGAAGGGGAUGCCUCUCAUUGAUGGGCCUCGUCGGCUGCCAGGCAAGAUGAGGAGUCACCACUGAACAUUGCCUUGUCCACCUUUACCUAAGGUGAGGGUCUCAGCUUUGCACACCAUGACUCCUAAAUGCGCUGACCCAAUGCACAACGACUCUUGAUAACUCAACUCACAAGAGACUGAUGUAUAUUCCACAACCCAUAUAUAGUGAAGACUCUGCAUUUCCAGGGACCAGAGUUGCCCAGGCUCCAGGUGCCACAUUUCUGGGCUGCUGACGUGGACACCCAAGGCUCCUGGGAGAACACGGGCCCAUCCCUGCAAUCACAAGGUUUAAAGAUUCUACUACCCCGGUUCUGAGUGUGUCAUCUUCUGCCCACCCCCACCCAGGGCAGGGACCUCCUCUGUCUGGUUCACAGCUGCGUGUCCAGGGCUGGCAGACCAUAAGGCGAGGCUAACUGCCGAAGGUCCCAUCUCACGCAUGGGGUAGUCCAGCGUGGAAGUUCUCCGUCAGCCUGCGCUCUUGCCGCCCGGGGACUCGGGGGCUCCCUCCCGCUUGUGCCCUGGUGCCCCGGGAUCCAGCCCUUUGGCAUCCAGCCAGGACAUGGAGGAAGGCAGAGACUACGGAGCCCACGGCCCGCCACUGAACACCUUGGUAAGAAACAGCAGCAGCCCUCCCCGCUCCCCGCGAUUGGUGCGAACGAGACACAUGGCCCCACCCGGCCACGGGAAAUCGCCGCCCCGGCCCCCGGCGGCUGUGCCGACUGUGCUACCCAUAGGCGGAGGGAGGACACCUGCCGCAGGUGCGCCACCACGCUCGUUUGAUUCGCUCGCCGGUGCGCCAGACCGCGGGAUGAGCAGACCCCGGAAAAGCGAUUUCACGAGUGGUGGGGAAGGUGCUGCGCUGGCUCAGGGAGCCCCGUGGCUGAACGCGUCAGGACACAGCCCUGCUGCCCAGCCCCUCGUCACCACCAGUUUGGCUACCAGGAUAUUAAAAUCACCUACGUGGCUUGCAUUAUGCCUCGGGGGACAGCCGUCGUCCCUGUGGACCCCCGUUCCAGCACGGUCUGUCAAAAACAGCUCUCUUCCCCGGCUUACCUUUGCACCAUGGUCAGGAAUCGGACCAUGUGUGUGCGGCUCCCUGGACCAUUCCACGGCCACACCACCCAUUGAAGUCGAGGCCACGAAGGAAAGUGCUCAUCGCCAGGAGAAAAGGGAAGACACUCUCACCUUCCGGAAAUGGAAGGCAGCCUGAAAAUCCAACCCUUGGUCUACAACCCUAAAGCCCAGACGCUCUGAAAAACACACGCCUGGUUUCUGGUUUUCCUUGUCUUCUGCUGUUGUGAGUUCGGUGCGUCCUCCCCUGCUGGCGAGCCCUGAGCUCUCUGACCCGAGGCCGUUCUGUGUGUUCAUCCCCAUGACACGAAAAUCACUUUUCCCUGAAGAGACAGGACCAGAUACAGAGUCCGCGAGUGGAUGGAUUCUCACACGCACCCUGCCCACGCGAAGGGCGGGGGAAGCCUCGUGGGGACGUGGGAGUCGCCUGGCCUGGGCACACAGGCCGCCCUCCAGGAGCCGGGCUGGGCUGUGCACGGGAGCGGCCCCUCCGCACGGCAGUCCCCAAAGAGUCAGUGUCCCCAUGGAGCCUGGCAGAAGCUGCCUGCUCUUUUGCCCCAAGCUCGGAGGUCACCAGCCUGCUGCCCAUGCACCCCCUCAGUCAGGUGGUCGCGAGGCUGGAGCCCUAGAUCCCUUCUGACCGUGACCGCAGGCUCAGAAGGCGGGGGCCGUGUUCUGCAUGCACCGUGUUAUAAGGCUUUAGUGCUGCCUGGUUCUGUACAAGCGUCCACUUCUUUUCCAAUUAAGAAAGAAGACAGUUGUGCCUCCCUCUGUGUUUUCUGUAGCAUGGGACAUAGAGUCCAGGACCCCGGCUCUGUCACCUACCUAGGACUUACCCAGGCAAGUCACUGGGCCGUACAGAGGGACCCUCCCAACCAGGACUUGAGCUCCACGGCCGACAAGCCCGCUCUUGUGUAACUGUGACCGCUCGUUCACGUGGCUGUCAGCUACGGUGACACCCUGAUCGGAGGCGGCAGUGCUGGCAUGGGGAGAGACCUCCAGGAGCCCUCUACCGUGCGGGGCAGCAAUGGUGGCCCUCAGGGACUCUCCCACUGGCCCUGCUCAGCCCCCUCCCUUCCCCACCCCCACCGCCUCCAGAAUCCUGCACGCUGGGAAGUCCAGAAGCCUCCAGCAUCCUCCAUCCUCCCUUCUUGUGCCAAAUGAGGGCCCACAGGGAGAGAGGAGCCUCAAGGCCGAGGGAGGACGGUCAUCCUGGUGUUUGGAGGCCAGCAGUCCCUCUGAGACUCCGUAAGAAUAGCGCUCGGCAAAACAGCUCUGGAGUUCUAGGUGGUUUCCACGGCUUGGGACUUAUAACCUUGUUUUCUUCUUUUCCCAUGUAGAGAAAAUGCCUUGGCUCCUGGCCAGCCUCUAACCAGCAGCUUAUAAUUACCCACGUGUGGAGAAGGGCAGGGCGGAGCCUAAGAAGGGUGUGCAGUGUCAUGGGGAGCAGGGACAGAAGCCUGGGAGCUCUCCUGCUCCCCAGGCCCCGAGGAGCCUCUGCAGGAGAGGCCUGGAUAUGCUCACGGAGCCACCCACCUCCGUCCCCUGUCCUGCAAGUGCAGAUGGGGCAGGGGUGGCCCCAGCCCUCCCCCAGGACCGUGUCACUCAGUGCACCUGCUGCUGUAACAAGCAGGCCCUGAGAUUUCAGUGGCUUCACCCAAACAAAGUCCACUUUUCACUCUGGACAUAAUCCAGGGCACAUCAGCAUGGCUUCACAUGCUCAUUCAGGGACCCAGGCUCCUGCACCUGUGGCUCUGUGUCCCUGGAGGUGGCCAACUUCCUCUGCAGGAUGUUCUGUGUCCUGCCAGCAAACAGGGGCAGGGGCAAGGCACAUUGUUCUUAACCAGGAGGCCUGGAACGGCCCGUGUCGCUUCAGCUCCCACUCCUUCAGCAAGAAACGAUCACCUGGGCCCACCUAGAGGUAGGGACUGUGGCAAGCCGUCCCCCGUGCCCAGGGAGGAGAGAGUACUGCAUCUCCAGCCUGCCCAAUGGGUGCUACAGGACUCAUUAAAUAAUGGGUACGGUCCACCGAAUGCAGCAUCCCACAGCAGCGGUGCUUGCUACCAGCCCAUCAGCAGCUCCAAGGAGGAGCAGUUCCAAGUUUGAGAGUCUGAGGCCUCAAGUCUGAUGCUGUUUAGAAGCCUCAAGUCUGAGGCUGUUUAGAAGCCUCAAGUCUGAGGCCUCAAGUCUGAGCCUGUUUAGAAGCCUCAAAUCUCUUUAAGUGUAGACUGAAGGAGAAAACUCUAUUUGACCCACCACAUCCAACAAUGACCCUCCCUCCUCAUCUGUGAAUUUAUUCCUCACUCUAUAGACCUUCUUUCCAGAUUCUCAGGUGGUCUCAGGAAACUGUGGGCUCUUACUCUAUUAAUAUCUAGAUUAUAGGCAAGUGCUUUAAAAUUGAAUAAAUGUUAUGCAUAUAUCAUUCUAUGCUUGGGGGAAGUCUUGACAAAUCAAGAAACGUUCUCUUAUGCAGUCAACAACCUGCACAACUGUGCCCAGAAUCCUUUUUUAAGUUUUGCUCAGCUUUGGAGUAGGAAUGGUGUGAGCUAGUCCUCAACUCAACCAUAGAAUCAUAGUGGGAAGGAAAUGAGGUCAUCUAGUCUGGUGGUUUUGAAAGCCUGAUUCCCUCCAUUUCCCUCCAGUUCCCCAAACCCACUGGUCCAGGGGAGCUCCUGCUCCCUGGGCCCCAAGGAGGCUCUGCAGGACAGGUCUGGUCCAGUCCAAACUUCUCAAUUGCCUAUAGGGAACCUGAGGUUCAAAUGGACCUGGGACUUUCCCAAGGUCACAGAGCCCUGUUAUUGGUCAAAAUUAGACAGCAGAUUGGUGUCAAACUCCCAGUUUGGCCAUCUGGACCGGCACUGCCCCUCCACCAAAAUAAUAUGCACCACAUGUGUAAUUUUAAACUCUCUAGCUGCCAUAUUUGAGAAAGUAGAAAAAAAAGAGGGGGAGGUGAAUGUUAAUUUUAAUAAUAUAUAUUUUUUAACCCAAUAUUCCCAAAACAUCAACAUGUAACAUAAUAAAAAUAUAAUGACAUACUUUACGUUCUUCAUCUCAUACUAAGUCUUCAAAAUCUGAUGUGUAUUUUACACUUAACAGGUCUUCAUUUGGAUGCUAAAUUAGCCCUAGGGAAAAAUCUGUAUUUAGAGCUUGUAAAAUUUGCACCUGAAAAGGUAGAUUCGCUUGCCACGCUGGUACACACCUGCAUAGGAGUUCCUGAGUCGGAUAUCCAUUUUCAAGUUAAAAUUAUUUAAAAUAAAAGAAAACCGAAAUGUCAGUUUCUGGGUCCUACAGCCACAUUACAAGUGCUCUGUGGCCACACGUGGCUCCUGGAGCCCAUACAGGUCCAUGUGGUUCUGGAACUCGGGCCACACCUAUAUGACCCCCGAGACCCUUCAUUCUAAGGAAAAUUGUUGAGAAUGACUUCUUCCCUGGGCCCACAUGAGAAAGGGGCAGUCGCCCUGGGAAAGUGCCCAGAGCGCGGGGAGCUGUCCUUCUUCUUCGGUGGCCGGCUGUGUGCGGCCCCGUGGGCUCCCUCGGCAGAGGGCGGCCUGAGUCUGGGCACCCCCUGGACAAGGCCUGAACACAGCUCUCUGCUCAUGGCGAGGACCGGAGGUAGGACACAUGGCUUUUGUGCAGAGCCAACACCCCGACACCCUGAAGGCCCACAGGCACGUGGCUGCGGAGAGUCUGAUUGCAAUUACGGGCCCCGAAAGGGGGGGGCCCCAGGACACCCAUAGCUCGUUCCCAAGGACGACUGCCUUGGUGCCACAGACAACCAUACUGGGGGCAGAAGUCUGAGAUCGGGGCAUCGCCAGCAUUGGCUGCUUCUCACAGGCCCUCAGGGAUGGUCCUUCCUGCUUCAGCCUUGGGUGCUGCUGGCAAUUCUCAGUCCUUGGCCUUGUUGGUACAUUGCCCUGAUGUCUGGCCCUGCCUCCCCAUGGCCCUCGCCCCUCUGUGCAUGUCCGUCUCCUUGUAGGAACACCACACAGAUGGGGUUCUACAAAGACCCAGCUUCCCCAAAGGGCAUGUUCACAGACACGGUGGAGAGGCGGGUCAGGCUUGCACACACCUUGCGGGGGGAACCCAACCCACAACAGUGCUUUACAAUCAUCUGCUUAUUAAUUUCCGUCCACCUAGAAGGUUUGUGUCCCCGUUGUACAGAUAGGAAACAGCCCCAGGACGGCGGGAACCUCGCCCUCAAAGCCGGUCCUCCCCGAUGGCGGCUGCCAGUCCCUCGCCCAGGCACUUCCUGGACACUCCUGGGCUCUUCCAGCGCAGAGACUGGGAUGAGAUGUGUUAAACCCCCUCCGAUCCGCUCAGGUUGGAGCCUCCCCAGGGAAGUGACCCAGGGUGACAAUUCUGAUCGAUUAUGGCUGCUUUCCUAUGGAAUUGACCAGGAUUCUGGAAAGCAAAGUGACGUUUCUCCGCUCCUUCCAACGCCAAGGAACCUGGAGCACAAAACGGAAAACUCCGGCACAGCGUGUAAAAAUGAGUUUUCCUUUAAUUAGCUAAUGAGGGGAAGGCCAGGGCGCAGCCUGUCUCACUCCUACAGAGGGACGCCCCCCAUCUUCUGGGGCCCUGUUUCAGCUCACGGCCUCUACCUGGCCCACAGGCAGCUCAGCCCUCUGCCGAGUGGCAGAAAGCAGGCCAAGGGGAGCCCCCCCAGAGCACGGAGCCCAGGGCGGCCACCUCGGGAACCACAUGGUCCCUGUACCCAUGAGGGAUGAGAAGCAGGAGGCCCUGGAAGUGCCCACAAGAUCCCUCCUCCGACCUGGCCGGACCCGCUCGGGAAGAUGCCAGCCGGGCGGUGUAGGGGGAGUGAGGGGCUCCACUGCCAGGUCCUGCCCUCUGGGCCAAGCUGGGCCAGGGGCCCAACUCCCUGGGGAGGUUGGAGGCCCAGAGCCGCAGGCUCUCCCCAGGUGACAGUAGGGGCAAGGCUCCUCCAAGGGCAGCCGCAGCCCGCGUCUGGGGAGGUGGGGGCUUUGAUCACAGGGCUGUGUCUGCCGGCUGGGCCCGACCAUUUUCCUGCAUCUCAUUACAGGAGCCCUGCACCGCCAGCCCAUCAGACAAGCCUGGCAUUCUCUGUUUGACCUAAUAAAGCCCUUCUGAAUUGCUCGGCCCGUUCCUGGGGAAAUGAGGAGCCCUGCUCCAAUUACUCCCCUAAGAAAAGCCUCUUAGAAAAUGCCGGAGUGUGGGCAAAGGAAGGCUCUUCCUGCCUGCCCGGGAGCAGAGCUCGGAAAUCCCAGGCGCCUUCUGCAGACGCCCCUGAGAGGAGCCUGUGUGCAGUGCGGGGUGCUCGGGGGGAGAAGGCGGGGCGUGCAGGGGCCUCCGCAGGCCCUGUUUGCCUCCCACAGGAUAGGGGGCUCUUGUCUCGCAAAUUGGCAGGUGAAAUUGAGCAUUAAGGAAACACGGGCCUGCCCAGGUCAGGGUGGAGGUGGAAAGAAUUUGGGUUUGGUAGGAAAUAUGGUGAAAUAUAAUGGAGAGAGAGAGAGCCUUUCACAGGGUGCCGGUUCUCUCUGGACUACGAGGAUUGCAGCCCGGCACGUCUGGGUCCAAGGACACCCGGUCUGGGUUUGGAAAAUGGUGCUUUGGUUUGCCGUUCAGGAACUUUCGCCUCCCUCCCCCCACCUCCCAGGGAGGAGAGAGGCACACCUUCUGGAAAGUGUGGAGCUGGGGGCCCCCCAGGAGGCCGACCCCUUGACCCCUCAUUGGUAGGAGGUCUGGGGAGCUCUCGCCAGGGAAGGAAAGGUAGGGAGGGGUCGUGGGAGAUGCUCGGUUGGGAAGCUGUUCCCUGAGAGGCCUCGGUUGUCCCCACAGAGAGCAUGCCAGAUCAGGGCACGCCCAGAGCUGUGCCCCGGGGUGCGGGCCUCCAAGCCUCUAAAUCCACGGGGUGAUCAGCCCCUGCAUAUGAGCUGCCUCGUGCUGUGGCGAAAUGGUAUGAAAUCACGCAAAGCAAAUGUACCCGUGGGUCUAAGAAUGAGCAUAGAGAUGCGAUUACACGUCAGAUUUAUUAAACAGGGUUUUUUUUUAAAUGAGCUCAUUUUUAUAACUUUAGGGUUUUGUUUUGUUUCUUUAAGGUAAAGGCCUGAUUUACUCUGAAAUGUCUGUCCACUUGAAGCAGACUCACUUUUUCAGCACGUGGCUUAUCUGUGCCCAUGGCAGACAUUGCUGAUCAAUCACAGAACACAUCAGACAUUGCUAAUCAAUCACAGACCACAUCAGGCUCCCUCUGAUCACAGCCCCUCCAGCAUGAUGUUCUCUCGGACUGGAGCGCCUUCCUUCCCCGUUCCCAUGGCCAGGUCUCAGUUUAAAUUCUCCUCCAGACGACUGUCCUGGCCAUCUCCCACUGAACCUGCUGUCCCCUUCGGCGUGCUCCCCUUGCAUCUGUACCUGCCUGCUUCCUGUCUCUUCUACCAGGUGUGAGUUUCAUCAGAGCAGGGGUUGGUGUCCUGUUCACCAUGACCCCCAGGGCCUGGCUCAAAGCCUGGCAUACAGUAGGAGCUCACAGUGAGCAUUGUAGAGGUGUCCCCAGAUCCAUUCUGUCCUGCCUCCUUGUGACAUAGACGCAGGUGGCCAGAGGGGCUGAUCCUACCCUGGGACUCAGGUGUGAGCCCUUGUCAGAGAGAUCAGCCUGGGGAGGUCAGACAUAAACCACACAGAGCACCUUAUUCCACUGGUUAGAGGGAUUGGUCCAGGAAUGGACACGUGAUCCAUGUGGGGCCAACAGGGUGUGAUGGGGACUUACUAGAGGCAAUGGGGAAAGAAGAGCCCACUCUUAGGAACCAGUUCAUUCUCCUUGUGGAUAGAGAAGUUGUGCGGAGGUGAUGUCUGGAACUCCUGCAGCCCUUUUGUGACCGAGAGAGAAGGAACCCAGUCUGGGAAUCAGCUAACAUGGCAGAAGGAAAGAAACGGGGUCCUUAGGGACACCAUCAGGUACCAAAUCAAACCAGUGCUGAUGCCCAACCCAUCUCUGAAAUAUCCCUUCAUGAAUCAACAGAUCAAAUCUGUUAUCGUGUCUGCCAAUACCGUUGGGUUCAGUCUCUGCUUCCCACCUCUCUGACUCAGCCACUCAGUCUGCCUGUGGUCUUGGAGUCCACAGGUCUUAGAAACAGACCACCCAGGCUCAGACUCCAACUCCAACACUUCCUCAUGGUGGGACUUGGGCCAGUCACAUCACCAACCUGACCCUCGGGUUUUUCAGAUGACAUAUGUGGUAAAUACAGAAGAUUGGUCCAGUUCAGGUGUUGGGCAUUCCCUUUCCUGCUGUCUCCCUGGGUCCACCCAGCCACAGCUGACAGUCACGAGAGAGACAGCACCCAGGCACUCGAGCAAUGGAUGCCUCAUGGUGCUGGCUCUUUCUGGAUAUGCACACUUCUACAACACACACCGACACAGCGCUUAACAGAAGCCUGGUGUUGUUCUGCAUGCUUUGCAAAUACUAACGGGAAUCGUCAACAGCCCUAGGAUGUGGGCACCGUGGCCACCGUGGACAUGUGGGCACCGAGGAAACCAAGGCCCAGAGAGGCUAAGUGCCUGGCCUGAUGUCACAGAGCCAGUGGGCUGUGGAGCCUGGGUUUGAACUCAGGAGAAGUCGGGACACUGAGCCACCUUAUCGUGUCCCAAGGAUAACGCAUAUCUGACGCUUCAAGACGUUUUAUCUGAAAUACCUCCCUUGAUCUGCACAAAAAUCCCACAAAAUAGGUAACAUUGUUCUCCUGUUGUACAAAUAGAGGGCAGAGCCUUCUCUGAAAACUGGAAGAAAUGAUACUUUCAAGGAUGAGUGAAUGACCAGUGGUGAGCCGGACCUGUCAGAGGGCAGAUCCCUGAGCUCCCGGCCGGGACCGGACUCGGGAAGUUCCUGUUACCCCUGGGGCAAUGCUCUUGGGAUCCCUGAGAGCCACCCUGGGCACUGAGUUCCCAGUGGCUUCAAAGGGAGCCCAGAGCCAGCUGAGUUCCCAGGGGGCGAGGACAGCAGGAAAGCCGGCCUGGCCCCGGCCGCUGCCGACACGGCCCGCUGUCAGACGUCAGAAGCGCGAGGCGGCUUUGGUCUCGGCCCUCAGCUGAUGCAGCCGGGGCAGCGCGGGGCCAGGCGCUGCUGGGAACUGUGCUGGCAUUUCCUUGUUUUGUCAACUCCACCAAAGCGCCCCAGAAACCGCACGCAGAACAAAGUGUCCGGGGCUCUGCCUGGAAGGCGAGAGGAUUAGAGGGGAGAGGUCCGCAUGCCGCUGGCUGCUGGCCGGCCUCCGCAGAGCCUGGGAACUUCUCCAGGUCUCCCCUGAAAUGUCAGCUGGGCCGGGGUGGCUCAGGGACCUCUCCCCACCACGGUCGCAAACACCAGGCCACAGGGGCCGCCCGCAUCCUGAGUGUGGGCUGCCGGCCCGGCGUGCUCUGGGGGGGGCGCGAGCGCUCACGGGCCUGGUCUCAGCCGUCCGCAGACCCCCGGGUGCGGACCUGGUGGGCCCCAGUUUACAAAGCAGAACGAGGCCCAGGACAGAGAGGGACCAGGUGGGCACUGGGGCCGGGUCGGGAGCGUCUGCACCAUCCCGAGGGCCGUGCCUGGGAUCUUCACGGGCAUCUCUGUUUUGUUCUCACGGACAGCAGGGUUCAAAAGCAAGAAGUUAAGAGCAGAGAUGAAGCGUUCCUGUAGCCCUCACAGACGAGGAAGCCGAGGCCCGGGGACACGAGGGACUCUCCCGAGGGCACCACGUCCCCUGCCGGGACAGGAGCCACGGGGGCUGAGACCAGAGACCCUAGUGACUUCCAGGCUGGGGCGGCAUCAAGGUGAGCAGAGGAGGGUGCUCGUGGGGAGGGCGGGUUGGUGUGGGGGCGGGAGGAUGUGGGUGAGUGUGGGAAGCAGCUGGCUGUCCACCCUGUCCCCGGAGGCCCACUCAGAAGGCAGCUGUCACAGAGCUGAGUCCCGGCACCCCCGUGUGGAGGUGGAGUCAGCCAGGCCCAUCAGGACCACCCAGCGGCCAGCCUCUGUCCCUAAGCCCUGCUGCCCCCGCCACAGUCUCCCCCCUCCCACCUGGAGGGUUCGCCUCUCGUCAGCGGCUGCUCCGCCGCCAGCCUUCCUCACCUGGGGGCUCCGGGGAGCUGAGCCCCAACCCCGAACCCUGUGGAAGGACCUGCUCCGUCCUCCAGGAGACUAAUGUGCCUGGGAUGGGUCUGAACUUUCAAAGCUUAGCCAGCCCCCACACCUGCUUCUGCUUCCUUCCAGAAUGUGCUUUGUCCACUGGCAGAAUCCUGGACCUCCUGAGGUCUGCUGGGACGUGGGGUCCACAGAGCCCUCAGCCCUGGGCCCCGGGGCUGCUCUGAGCAGGCAGCGGAGCCCUGGUCCUGUGGAGCCAGGAAGAGGGGCAGCAGGGACGGGGGCCACGGAGAAGCAGAAAUGCGGGGACGGGGGCGAUGGUGGGGAGGAACAGAAGGAGGCGCAGCACGGCCAGAGGAGGCAGGAAGAUGCAGCCCGGACUCUCCACCCCACGGCGGGGGAGGAUGGGGGUUACAGAGGGCCCCCAACCCCAUGCUCUGCAGCCGUGCGGACAGAGGGGUGCCCCAAGCCGGCCGUGUGACUGCAGCUUCCCGAGGGUUUCCGGAACAGCUGGCAGAGCAGCCUCUUCUCACCAGGCGUGUGGAGCUCACGCCAGCGGGCCCGGAGACAGACACGGCCCAGCGGAGGUUCCCAGGCCUCGAAGGUGGAGUCCCCCCGCAGCUGCCUUAGGGGAAGUCUGGCCUGGCGGUCCCCAGCACGGACUCCGGGUCCCACCCCCCCACACCGCCCUGCCACUUCCUGGCUGGGUGACCCGGGGCAGGGAUUCACCGUUGCUGAGUCUUCCUUUCCUUACCUAGAAAACGAGGAGAACCGUCCGCAUCAUGGCGUCGUCGUGAGAGUUACAUGAGUUAACACGGAAAGCAGCUAAGAACUGGCUUGGUAGACCACCGGCCAGGACGCCCUGAGCACGGCGACCUACCUGCCGGACACUCGUAACUCGGGUCCUAUCACCAAGAAGCAUCGGACAAACCCCAAGUGAGGGCCAUUCUCCAAGGUCACCGCCUGCACGGAGCAGAUGUGGCCGGGGUGGUGGAAGGUGCGAGCCCCAUGGUCCUGAGAAGCAGCCGGAACAGGAGCCUUUGUUCUGCAAGGAUGGCUGGGCCGCGGGGACAGGGGAACAGGGGGACAGGGGGCCGGGGACAGGGGGCUAGGGGCCGGGGACAGGGGGACAGGGGGCCGGGGACAGGGGGCUAGGGGCCGGGGACAGGGGGCUGGGGGCUAGGGACAGGGAGGGCACUUCGGCAUCCGUUCUGGCCUUGCCGACUCUGCAGGGAGCCUCCGUGUGCGUGUGCGGUGGUGGCGGGGUCGGGGGGAACAGGCUCAGGGCGGCUGGCACAGCUCCCCUCACUCCGCAUGGGCAGCUCCUCUGUACGCUCGAGACUACGCCCAGUUUUUAAACGUGUCCGACAAGUUAAGGAAUAAUGCUUUGUGCCUGCGGCCCGACCAGAUUAGCCAGUUUACAGAGCGCUGACCUGUCGGCCCACACCGACCCCCAGCCCUUCUUCCCGAAGAGGAGCAGCUGGAAAGCAGCCCUCGUCCCCGCGUGAGUGCGCGUUUGGGGGCUUCCAGCCCUCGUCCCCCGCGUGAGUGCGCGUUUGGGGGCCCACCUGCCUCUCCGACUGGAAACGAUCUGGAGUUAAGGAGACCCUGAGCUGCCGCGUGCCCGGGGGAGCCGCCGCGCCCCGCUCCAGCUGGGCAGCCGCGGGACAGCUGUGUCUGUCUCCGGCCCGUUCCCUCGUCUGAAGAGCGGCCUUCCCUUAUCCUUGCGUGAGCCGAGCUUCCAGGGGCAACAGAAAGGUAGCUCCCGCGAAGCUGCUCUUAGAAACGACGUUCCCGACGCUUCUCCGAGGCCGGGUUCCCCUCCCCCGCCCCUUUGCGUCAUUUCAAACCCGGGCCUCCAGGCCUCCAGGCCUCCGGGGCCAAAGGCAGGCCACCUCCUGGGGGGACAGGGUCCUCUGGAGCCACUGAGCUCGACUCAAGGCCUGGGGGAAGUGGGGCCAUAAACCUCCCCCUGCCUUCUUGUCACCGGAGAUCAAAACCGUUAUCAGAAUGAAAGCCGCCCAGCUGAUGGAUGAGGCUCCGGGCCCCAGGGCCCCAGGCAGCCCCCUCCCUGCUCUAUGGGCUCGAGCACUCCGGCCCCCUUGCCAGGAGGCCCAGCCCAGUUUGAUUUGGGCCAGAAGUUGCCUUGUUGUGUCCCCAGGAAAGAUGCUUAUCUCUCUCUGUAGGGAGGGCAGGAAAGAGGUGUCAGCGGGGGAUGGAGAGGCCCUGCCGAGACGGAGGACCGGCUGCCAGCCCCUGUCCCGCUUCACCAGCUCCUUGGUCCUCAUGCCGAUGGCUGGAGCCCCAAAUGGCUUGCAAACCCUGGAGGGCCCUGAGCCCCUUUCUGGCAGCAGCUGACAGAUGCACCAGCCCAGAGCACUUUAUUCCAGGAGGCGGGAGGGGCAGAGACAAGAGGCAAUGCUGUCCCGACCUCAUACCCAGGGUCAGAAGAUUCCAGAAGGGCCUGUCCAGUCUGGAAGCUCAGUAAAGGCUCACAGAGCAGUCAGGGGUGUCACUCUGACCAAGUCAGGAUCCUGGAAGUUCAGGCAGAACCUGGAGGUGAGAGGAACCCAGCCGCUCUUAUUGGAGACACCGGGAGAACUCUGGGGCGGGUUGGCGGGUGGGUGGGGGGGGGUCCAUGCCGUUCCAUGUCCGGGCUGGAAUCCAGGUCGGGCAGCAGGACGGCGUCGGUGAAGUCGGAUGGGUAAAGGGGCAUCCCGCAGAGGGUGGCUGUGCUGUGCCCGGCACGCGCCCGGGGUGGCAUUAUUAUCCGGACACAAUCGUGAGUGAAUGUGAAAUGGCGAGUCUGGUGACAGUGCAGGGGCCACAGUCCGGAAGGAAAGACACCUGAGUGCGGUAGAAGGACACCUGAGUCUGCAACCGAGACCCGACGGUUGCAUCUGUUUUCCAAAGCCUUCUCAGCACAGCCCUACUCCUUCGUAAAUGAGGAGUCUAAACCGAAGGAAGGUGAUGCAAGUGCUGGCGGCCAGGCCUGGGACGAGGCGCUGGUCUCCUGGCUCUGGUCUUAGACGAGCCCCGAGUCCUGCAGGGCCCACAGCUCCUCGUACAGCCUCCUCCGGGCACGACGGCCCGUGCAAACUCCUGCCGGGGAGCAGAGUUCCCGGAGAUGACUGGGGCUUUGCCGUCGUCCGUGUACACGCGGCUUCCCCACGCGGUGCCCGAGCCCUCUGGUCCCUGCGCUUCAGGGCUGAGCGUCUCCGCUCAGGCCCACGGCCCCGCUGCCAGCUGCCGGCUCUGCACGCGCCCCCUCCACCUGCAGCCCGCACUCUGGCUUCACCUGCCACGGGGCAACGAUGAACGAGCGAGUGAGUGAAAGCAGAAACGUGCAGCCUCUGGAGAAACCUCGCUGGGGGAUGGGGUGAGGAGGACAAGCCCAGGACACCGAUGUUCAGUGUUCUUAAGCCGCAGAGGGGCUCUGGGCACGGGGACGCCUGGUCUCCAGCCCUGCCUCUGUCCCCCGCUCUUCGUGUGGCCCCUGCACCAGAUGCCCCGUUCUGGGAGCCCCUGGUUUCCGUGUGCAAAGUAGUUCCCAGUCUGUCCCUCAUCGCCGCUUGUGAGGGUUGAACGAGACGGGGGUGAGCACCACUAGCACGUCACGUAGUAAAUGUUCACCCCACGUGGCUGCAGAGAGACGGGCAGGAGCCAGAACCCACCGUCCAUCCGGCCAGCGGCAGACACUUCACAGCCCCGGGGAGAUCCGUAAUGACGUGCGUUCCUGAACCCCAGCGCCGUGCGGAAAUGGCCCAUCGCAGGCUGGACACGGACGAUCGCGAUGCACCGGGUACCUGUCCUUCCGGGGAGGCCCGCUGGAGGUCGUCAGGUGCAGGACGAGCUCACCCCAGCAUCCUGGCUGCUCUGGGGGGCCCUACCUCCUUGCUCCUCCGAUGUCCACUUGGCGAGUCCCGAGGGGGAACGCCUUGCCCAGAGUCCACAGCGACUGUUUGGCAGAAAACUACCUAGCUUGGAAGCCUGGUUUUCUGCUACCUGGUACAGAGCCCAGACCCGUUCUCAGGGGGCCUCUGCGGGAAUCCUGAGCGGGAGCAAGGCCAUCCCUAAAAUACCUUAGAAUGCCUGUCUGCAUCGCAGCUCCAGACUACCCACGACACGCAGUGUGUGUGCCUGUCAGGGCCCUCGUCCUCUCGACACUGUCCUCUCGACAGUGUCCCCUGUCUGGGGAGACUAGACACACCCCAGCCCCUGUCACCCUGCAGCCACGAUGCAUAGGGGAGCGAGGUGGGGCGUUGGGUGGGUGGCCUGGGCUCCAGCCAGAGACAGCACGGUCUGCCUCCCCAGAAGGCAGGGGUCUCUGGGGCUAUGCGAGCUCCAGGGCCCACAGUGACACCACGUGGCCACCACCGGAGCAGCGGCUGCAGCUGGCCAGGUCGGACUUGCCACGGCUGCCCUCCACCUGCGCAGGCUUGACCACCACCUGGCACUGAGGACGCUCGCAGAGCUCUUGCACGACCAAAAGGCUGGGGGUCCCCCAGACCCCAAGGACUACGAGACCCCGGCACAGCAGGGCCAGCCAGUGAACAGAGAGGAUGCUCGACCGUAUUGGACCUCCGGACCGGGGAACGCGGGACGGACUGGUUCUGUUUCAUCGCCCACCCGGUUCUUGUCGGGAACACAGCCCUGGGGUCAGAGUGUCUGUCGAUGAGAAGGGACAUGUGAUUGGCAAACAUUUGAUGAAGGCAAAACUGCCAGGGAUAGCCAGGGAGGCCGGUCGCACUUUGGGGAAUCUUGCCCAGCGCCAGCUCUGACCACUUCCUCUUAUCCCUCUGUGUGCGUGAGUUCCCCCGAGGGUCUUUCCUUGCCUGACCCCGGCGUGUUCUCACGUCAUUCUGUUUUUCGGACAACAGCCGGUUGCCAGGGCAACCGGUGCGGAGCCCGAGUCCGACCAGAGUCUUCCCUGCAGGGAAAUUCGGCCUCUUAACUCAUCUCCUUGUCCUCCACCCACUCGUGGCGUGACCCCAGAAAACUCUGCCAAACCCCCAAGCAAGGAGCGCCUCCCCUCUGCCCGCUGGGACCUCACCCCCCAGGGGGCUGAGCGCAGUGGAAAGGACCCAGAGACCCUUCCCCGUCCCAAGCCUUCCCUGUGUUUUCAACGUAAACCUUUUCUGCGAGCCUACGGGGCACAACGUGCACGGGUCCCUCGUGCGGUGCUCAGAGGGUCCCACACGCGGGACACCCCGUGGACCCAGCGCCCAUAGAAGAGCCGCGGACCAGCCUCAGCCCACAGGAACACCCUCCGCACGCCCUCGUGGGCACCCCGUCCCCCCACGCCCAGGAAGGCAACCACUCCCCGGAUCGCCAACAGCAGAACUUUCCUCUGCCUGUUACUGAGCUUGACAUAAACCAGGUCACGCGGCCUGUGCCCUGUGGAGUCUGGACCGUGUUCCCAGCAUCAUGGUGGAGAGGCCGCACAUGCUCGUACUCCACAUCUUCCUGCCCCUUUCCAGUCCACUGGUCUCACGGACGAGAGCUCAGAGACCCAGAGAGGGAGUGUGCCUUGCCCAAGACCCCACAGCAGGACUAGCAGCCUGGUCUCCAGACUCCAUAUGGGUUCAAUGGACUUUCCCUGACCCCAGACAGCGGGGUGUCUGCGGAUCUCAAAGUGUGUUCAGCGGACCAGCAGCGACAGCGUCCCGCCGGACGCUUGUUGGAAUGCGUGUUUCCAGGCCCCUCAGACCCGUGGAAUCCCAGCCCCUGAGGACGAGGUCCUGGGGUCAGCAUCUUAGCGAGCUGUUCAGGUGCUUCUCGGGCUCAGUCAGGGAGGCCCGGCGGACCCCGGAGGACACCACGCAGUUCUCCGUUUUACUCACAAGAGGGAGCCAGCGCCCCAGAGACACGGCCUGGGCCGGUUCCCCGCGAUUUUCGCCUGGCGGCUCACCGCACAGCCCAGCCUGCUCCGGGAAGAUACUCAGUGGUGUUCAGGGAAAAGAGUACCUGUGUGAACACGGGAGGCAGGACGCCUGAGUCCUAAUCCCACGGCCCCCUCCUCAGCCCUAGGCCUCACACCGGCCACAGAGCUCCUGCGGCGUCGGGAUCUCCCUUCAUUGCGCGGAGCUCCAGACCCCUCAUCGGCAAAGCAGAUCUGCUGCGCCCUGAUGGCCCUGAGUCCCCACCCCAGCCUCGGUGUUUUACAAGACUUUGACUAAUGUCUCUACAGUGCCGGAGAGCAGGAGGCAGCGUUGUCACACAGAUGUCCGCAGGCUGUUAAGGGGGGUUCUGCUCUGCUGCCCCAUGUUUUAGGGCAGAUCUUCAGGAAUCACAGGCUCUCUUGCCAGGAGCUGUGCCUGGAGGCUCUCGCGCCCUCCCGUGAGGUGGGAAGCACCGCAACCAUCUCGGGCCCGUGAGGAGAGACAGCCGAGGAGAACACGCAGAGGACGGCAGCGCUGACCACCGACCCAGCUGGAGCCCUUCACGGAGUCGCUAACCUCGUGGACCAGCCUGGGGUUCCCCUACCUCGGAGCCUCUAGUGAGGUCAUGAAUCCCCUGGUAGCUCACGCCCACGGGGGCUGGUGUCCCGUCGCUAGCAGCUGAAGCCAUUCUGUCUGGCUUGCUGGUCUUGCCACAUUGCUGGCCAUCCGCUGGCGGUGAGGACAAGGGACUGUGUCAUGCCGACGGCUGCUGGGGGCACAGCAAGACACUCAGCACAGUGCCCGGCACCGGGAGUCCUCGGGAGGGAAGGUGGGGGAGUCAACAGCCAGCCACGGGACCACAGGAGGGAGUCGGCAGUGGGGCCCCGAGUCCUCCUAGGCCCCUGGUUCAUAGCAGGCCCAGGUGCAGGGCACCAGGAGGUGCGUUUGCACCGUCACAUGGGGGACCCUUCUGCAUCGCACUCACCUGCUACCGCUUCUCCGGUAAAUCAGAGAAGAUUCCUGAAACCGCACUGGCCGUCUGGGACAGACACAUCGCACCCCUUCCUCCCGCUGCGGAGCUCCCACAGGGAGCCACCAGAGUCCUGUACACUGACGGCUGCUGGCCAGAGCCCCAGUGGCAGGGAGCGGCCGCACAGGCCCCAAACAGCUCGUCGCUGCCCGCUCCCUGAAACUCUUCUGCUCUCCCUUCUCCUGCCUACGUGCGUGGCUCGUCUCUUCCAGUGGGGACACCUGACACAAGGGCGUUGUGUUCCAAAGGUCGUAUCCUUCCCCGUGAGCCCUCACAAGAGCCCCUAUCAAGUUUGGGCCUGUUUAUGUGAAAUCUCAUUUUAUCGAGGAGACGAGUCUCCCGGGGGACGGGCUGUCAGAGCAGCAAGGCAGGUGCUGCCUCCCCUGCAGGUCAGCCAGUUGUGGUGGCGGUUUCCCCAUCCAGUCGGCGAGUCGCGCUCCCGGGAGAGUUCUCUGCGCUUCCCACGAGGGCGUAGAGAAAUUGCUCGAACCUGGGAAUCACCACGCCGGUUUAGGAAGACAGCGCCCAGUCAUUCCGUGGCCUUGGAGCUAUUUCUGGAGAUGCCAGACCAAGGCUUCCUCAGAAGGGCACUUAUCUGGUUACAAAACUAUAAUCAGAUUUCCCUGAAAUAACAGCUUUGUUUGAGAGCAGAACUGAAGGGCGACCAUGAAGACGGUCAGAGGCCCUGUAUUGCUACCUACAGAUCCAGGUAUAAUCGGGGCAGGAAUCAGAAUCCAAAAGAUUGCCUCAGAACCUGAUUGCUUCUGUAUCACCCACCCCACUGGGCCCGGCCAGCUCUUUAAGAUUGUGCAGCUGAUUCAGAGAGGCACCGAGCCAGAGACACUGGGCGAGAGUCUGUCUGUGCAGUGAUGGUGGUGGUGAUGUGGUGGUGAUGGAGGUCAUGAUGGAGGUGGUGAUGAUGGUGGUGGUGGUGGUGGUGGUGGUGAUGGAGAUGAUGGUGACAGACUGAUGACAUGUCACGAUCGUUGCCCUUCCUAGUCCUUAAACCAGCCUCGAGCCUUGCGCUGCCCCUGUCUCAGUGCCAUUCUCACCCUCCCCGAGGCCUCCAUCCCCAGGCUCUGAGGAGCAUGUCCUCCUAAGCCAUGGUUGCCUCCAUGAGCUGGUCACACAGUGUCCCCGACAGAGGUGUGCAUUGGAGAAAGCACGAGUUCGAAUCUUAGUCUUGCUGCUUCCUAGGCAUGUGACUCCGGGAAGUGACUUCCUGUCUGUUUCUCACCAGUGAUCGGGUUACACGGGCCUGUCUUAGUGGAGCAAUGACAUGGGCGAUGGACACACCUGAGGCAGGUGCUCCUGACAGGUGCCCUGGAGUUCCUCUUCCCCUGACCCUGCCGCCCACAGGAACCGCGGGCAGUCGUCCAUUGUCCCUGGGACCCUAAGGACACCUGCUCUAGAAACUUGCAAAUCACCCUCCAGCCGCGCUCUGCCAACUUUGCCGACAUAGCACCACCUGCGGAGCUCUGAAAACUCCAGACACCUGGGCCGCGUCCCAGGAAAGCUGAAGCAGAGCCUCCAGGGAGGGGUCAGUGGUUUGUAAAUGUUCCAGGUGUUUCCAAUAGGCAGUCCGAG